GCCUGCGCUCCGAAUUCUGGGACAACUGGAACUGGAGGAGCUGGUGGAACAACCGGUACCACUGGUACUGGAGGAGCGACAGCUGGUGCUGGUGGAACAACCGGUACCACCGGUACUGGAGGAGCGACAGCUGGUGCUGCAUGGCUAGGAAACAAAACACCGGUUAAACGGAGGCUGAGAGCGACACUAGCAUGGCCUGCGCUCCGAAUUCUGGGACAACUGGAACUGGAGGAGCUGGUGGAACAACCGGUACCACUGGUACUGGAGGAGCGACAGCUGGUGCUGGUGGAACAACCGGUACCACCGGUACUGGAGGAGCGACAGCUGGUGCUGGUGGAACAACCGGUAACACCGGUACUGGAGGAGCGACAACUGUUGAAGGAAUUCGCUUCAACAGCUAAAGAGAUGUCAACUCUCAUUGAGCAUGCUAUAGUCAACUGCGGUGCCAAAUCAACAGUUCUAUAG